UCUCUGCCCUUUUUUUAAUAUGGCGGAAGCAAUGACCGCCGUUCGGACGUCUGCAUUUUUUAGUAUCGUGAAGAUCGUGAAAUAAGAAGUGUAUCGCUAAAAUUUCAUAAGUGUGUGAAAUAGAAGUGUUUUAUUAAUACUGUGAAUUAUAUACGUUUAUAACAGAGUUAUUGGUGUGCUUCAAAUCGUCAUAUUCAUCUAAAAAAAUGUCUAAACGGUCAGCAUAUGAUGAUGAGGAUAAUCCCCCGACGCCCUCCGACGAUUCAGACUUCGAUGAUGACGAGGAUCCUGAUAAUUUGGAAGUGCCAGGUGGAGGCAAAACCCUGGCGGCUGCGGCUAGCAUGGCGGCCAAGAAGGUCACAGUCACACCACAGGUCAUCGUCAAACCUACCACAAAUCCACUUGCAGCGCCCUCUGGCCACGCGUUUGGCCAAGUCAGCAAUGUGAAACCGAUCAAGAUAUCGGCCAGCUCUCUCACCAAACCCUUGAACAUAGCCAACUUAAGAGGGGCUGGAGCGCCCGCCGUGGCCCCGCCGUCGCCAUUCGCGGCGGGCUCGUCGGCGGCGUACAAUGCCGCUUCGCUACUCGCUCAGAUGGAGAUGGUGGGUAUGACGGGGAUGAACUCGUAUUUGCUGCAGAACUUGAACCAUAUUAUACAGAAUGGGAUGGGUUCGCCAUUCACUGGUAUGCUGGGGCAGCUGGGUCAGGUCGCGGGCGGUGUCCCCGUGUGGGCGCAGAACAAACCUGGCAAUAUGUGGCAGCAGGAAAAGAUGGGCGGCGAAGAAGAAGAGGUAGACGAUGAAGAAAUGGGCGUCGCCGAGACAUACGCAGACUAUAUGCCGACGAAAUUAAAACUAGGCCGCAAGCACCCUGAUCCCGUGGUGGAGACGGCGUCUCUCUCGUCCGUGGAGCCGGUGGACGUGACGUACAAACUGAGCCUGCCCGACGAGACCAUCCGCAAUGGUCUGCUGUCCGCUCUCCAGUUGGAAGCUGUGGUCUACGCGUCACAAGCCCAUGAGCAUCUACUGCCUGAUGGGACCAGGGCUGGUUUCCUUAUUGGCGACGGCGCGGGUGUGGGUAAGGGCCGCACGAUAGCGGGUAUAAUAUUCGAGAACUACAUCAAGGGCCGCAAGCGUGCCAUCUGGGUGUCCGUGUCCAACGAUCUGAAGUACGACGCGGAACGAGACCUUCGGGACAUCGGCGCCGGCAAGAUUGAGGUCCAUCCUCUUAAUAAGUUUAAAUACGCAAAAAUCUCAUCGGCGGUGAACGGCAACGUGAAGAAGGGCGUGAUCUUCAGCACGUACUCGGCGCUGAUCGGGGAGACCCAGUCCACCAGCACCAAGUACCGGACGCGGCUCAAACAACUGCUGCAGUGGUGCGGGGACGACUACGAUGGAGUUAUCGUAUUCGACGAGUGUCACAAAGCCAAGAAUCUGUGCCCCGUGGGGUCCGGCAAGGCAACGAAGACAGGAUUAACUGCUCUGGAGCUGCAGAAUAGAUUACCCAAGGCCAGAGUAGUGUACGCUUCAGCCACCGGCGCUAGUGAGCCGAGGAAUAUGGCGUACAUGGUCAGACUUGGCAUUUGGGGAGACGGCACCCCAUUCCCGACCUUCACGGAUUUCAUUAAUGCUGUUGAAAAAAGGGGUGUAGGUGCCAUGGAGAUAGUAGCGAUGGACAUGAAGCUCCGCGGCAUGUACAUCGCGCGCCAGCUCUCCUUCCACGGCGUCUCCUUCAAGAUAGAGGAGGUGCCGCUCUCUGACGCCUUCAAGGAGACUUAUGAUAAAGCUGUGGCAUUGUGGGUGGAAGCGAUGCAACGUUUCACGGAGGCUGCGGAGCUGAUCAACGCGGAGUCUCGCAUGAAGAAGACCAUGUGGGGACAGUUCUGGUCGGCGCACCAACGGUUCUUCAAGUACCUCUGUAUUGCUGCCAAGGUGAACCACGCAGUAGUGACGGCGCGCGAGGCCGUGAAGUGUGGCAAGUGCGUGGUCAUAGGCCUGCAGUCCACGGGCGAGGCGCGGACCCUCGACCAGCUCGAGCGGGACGACGGGGAACUCUCCGACUUCGUCUCCACUGCCAAGGGUGUAUUCCAGACGCUAGUGGAGAAGCACUUCCCGGCCCCGGACCGCGACCGCAUCAACCGGCUGCUGGGCCUGGAGCCGCCGCGGACCAAGGCCGCGCCCGCAGCCCCCGCGCACGCACACAACGGGAAGAAUGGACUCGACGACGAGGCCAACACUUCCAAGAGGAAAUUAACUGCCCGUCAACAAGCCAACGCAGCGGCCAAGCGUAUGCGCGGAGGAUCAUCGUCAGAUGAGUUUGUGCGAGGGUCUGAUGAUGAGCUGGAGAUGGAGUCGGAUGACGAGCGCCGCCCCCCCGGCUCCGACUCGGAGCUGUCGGACUUCAAUCCCUUUCACGGCGGCAGUGAUAGUGAUGAUGAACCGUGGCUGGGCAGACAGAAGAAAAAGCCGGUUAAGAAGAAGAAAGCAGCGUCGCCAAAGAAGAAGCCGUCCACUACGCAGGACAAGAUCGAGACCAUGUUCGAGCGUAAGAACAGCGCGGCCGCCGCUCCGACCGUCACCGUCACCACCCCGGCCGGGCAUAGUCUCACCGGCACGCCCGUGGGCACCAAUGGACUCUAUCUAGGUCCGUCCCGCAGCGCGGCGCCCCCGCGGUCGGCCAUCGAGCGCGCGUGCAGCAUGAAGGAGGAGCUGCUGGGCGCCAUCGAGCGCCUCGGCCGCCGCCUGCCGCCCAACACGCUCGACCAGCUCGUCGACGAACUCGGCGGGACGGAGAACGUCGCAGAGAUGACCGGCCGCAAAGGUCGCGUGGUACAGACGGAGGAAGGCCAGAUCCUGUACGAGUCUCGCUCGGAGGCCGACGUGCCCCUGGAGACUCUCAACCUCACGGAGAAACAACGCUUCAUGGACGGACAGAAGGAUGUCGCCAUCAUAUCCGAGGCGGCUUCCAGUGGUAUCUCGCUGCAGAGUGAUCGGAGAGCGCGAAACCAAAGGCGGAGGGUGCACAUCACACUAGAGCUGCCGUGGUCGGCCGACCGGGCUAUACAACAGUUUGGUCGUACGCACCGAUCGAACCAGGUGAACGCGCCGGAGUACAUAUUCCUGAUCUCAGACCUGGCGGGCGAGCGACGGUUCGCGUCCACUGUCGCCAAGAGGCUCGAGUCUCUCGGGGCGCUCACCCACGGGGACCGCAGGGCCACCGAGACUAGGGACCUCAGCCAGUUCAAUAUUGAUAAUAAAUAUGGUCGCGCGGCGCUGGAGGCGGUGAUGCGCGCCAUAAUGAAGUACGAGCGUCCGCUGGUGGCGCCGCCCGCGGACUACGCCGCAGACUUCUUCCAGGACGCCGCCGCCGCGCUCGUCGGCGUCGGCCUCAUCGUCAACAGCGAGGCCGCGCCCGGCGUACUGCAGCUCGACAAGGAUUACAACAACAUGUCUAAGUUCCUGAACAGGAUACUGGGCAUGCCGGUAGAUCUACAGAACAGGCUGUUCAAGUACUUCACAGAUACGCUCGCGGCGGUCAUGGAGCAAGCGAAGCGCAGUGGUAGAUUCGACCUGGGUAUCCUGGACCUGGGCAGUUGCGGCGAGCGAGUCCGGCGCGUGCGCUGCCUGCGCUACCUGCGCAAACAUGCCACCGGACGGGCCCCCGUCGAACUGCAUACACUGCACUCUGAGCGUGGCAUGGACUGGGCGGAAGCGCUAGAGAAAUGGUCGGAGCUCUCUGGCCCCAAGGAAGGGUUCUACGUGUCGCAACAGGCGCGCAACAACAAGUACACCGCCAUACUCUGCGUCGCCGCCGUCACCUCCGUCAAGAAGGAGAAGCUUACCAAGAAGGAUAUUAUGUUCCAAAUCUAUAGGCCUAACACGGGUCUGCAGCUGAAGCUGGAGUCGCUGGCGGAGAUCGAGAAGAAGUACCGUCGCGUGGAGAGCGGCGAGGCGGAGUCGUGGUGGCGCGCGCAGUACACCGCCUCGCAGCGGGUCUGCUCGCACGCCUACUGGCGCUCGCUCUGCAGGAACGGGGCCGACUGCGAGGUGGGCCUGCGCGUGCGCACGCACCACGUGCUGUCGGGGUCGGUGCUGGCGGUGUGGGCGCGCGUGGAGGGCGUGCUGGCGGCGCGCGCGGCCGGCAACAAGAUGCAGGUGGUGCGCCUCAAGGCCAGCGACGGCCUCAAGCUGGUGGGCACGCUCAUCCCCAAGAACUGCGUCGACCCGCUCAAGGACGCGCUGGCCGCCGACGCCGUGUCCGUGUCCGAGCACACGUUCGACCAGGCCGACAACUGAACCCGGGCUGUGACUCUCUUUGUUUUAUUUCUCCGCCGGCCCCGGCCGGGCUCCGACUGAUUAAUUCCCUCCCCGCCGGCCGCGCCCGUCGCCCGAGGACUGUGUGUCGCACGUAUUACUUAGCGAGUAAGGACGGCCUAAACGUAUUCUGCGCGAGUCGCGCGUCGAUCUCGUUCGUAACGAGAGGCCUAAGAUACACCAAAACUAUUUAUUUAAUGAUCCUAUUUUAAGCUGAUUGAUGAACGACAAUAAGGUCCCAUAUCACGACGCUCCUCGAAAUAUUUUUACGUUGAAGUAUUACAUAUCGUAAGUCAAUUGUUAGCGGAGCGAGGGUAGUCUGGCACACAGUCCGUGAUAUUAGACGGUCGCGGGCCUGCAGGGAACGCGUUGGUUUCGAGACGGCGCGAUUGUGUAGGUGGCGUGCUGGUGACGUCACGCGUACGUCACGCGCGACACUCUGGUUGCAAUGAGUUCCUAGUAAACAAUUUAUGGCUAAGCUAACUUACUGCUCUUUUAUUCUUGCCCCCUAUUAAAGUCUAUGUGACAAUUCGAAUAUUUACUUAAACAUUUGAUCUUAGUGCAGAGUACAUGUCUGAAGGAAACAUGUGUUGCGCACGCGCACGGCGUACGUAGUGACGUCACAACACAAGUAUAGUGAGAAUGAUCUACAUGCACGAGUGCAUAAGAUUUACUUUAAGUACUUUACGUAUUUUUACUCAUACAUUAUUAUGACCGUGAACCUCAAGCCGAUUGAGCGCUUCAUAUAUUUUUUUUAUUCAAUUACAUGACCAAGUCAAUAUCUCGGUACAUUCUGUAUACGAAUUAAAUGGAAUUUUAAUUUUUUUGUACAAAUAUUUCUAGUGUUUUAUUUAAUUAUUCAAUGUUAGAUUCUAUUACUUAUUUCUUCUAUAUGAAUGUCGCAGACAAUUCGAGGAUGUAUCAUAUUCAUAAUCUUAAUAUAUAAUACUAAUUAUUGUAUGUUUAUCGGAUGUUAGCAUACUAUAUUUGUAUCGAAUGCACGUGCAAUAUGUAUUCUAUGUUCCCACCAGUCUAUCAAAAUAUAAAAAUAAUGCGUCUUUACGUAGACGCGGAAAAAAAUAUGUGUUUUCAUUGUAGGCAGAUGUUUCUUAUGGUGAUUUUUAAAUUAUAAUCGAAUUGCUAGUCUGUAAUGUACAUAGUUCAUUUCGGUGGAAUAUAGAGGUUGCUACGUACUAUGUACACCUAGUUACAUUCCUGAAGGUAAUUAUCGCAGUCCGUUUUACUUUUCAUGCUAAAUCUAUAAUAAAAUCGAAGAAUGUGUUGCUAAGCAGCUAACCGAUUUCGCUAAUUCUUAUUUUGUUGGGAGAAGGUUCUUCUGUUAGAAAAAGUUUAAAAAAAAUAUCUGCAGAAAAAAUUCUAAGGCGAAACGAAGUUUGCGGGCUCUCUAGUACAUAAUAUUAUACUCCAACUGCCGCAUUCAGAGACAUUUAAUGAUUACUUAAACUAUUCCUUAGUAAUGAUUUUGUAUCGAAAACAAUUGCUAAGGACUGGGUUAAGUAACCAUUAAAUGACUGAGUACGGCGGUUGUUCUUUAUAGUCUCAUAGUCUCAUGCAACCUCUAUAUUGUUUCGAACUGAAUUUUGAGUAUUAAAUAUAUGUUUCAAAAAAUCAAAUUACUCAAGAUAUCUGUACCUAGCUGUUAUUUUGUUCUCAAUUAAUUUGUAUGGCUUUUAAUGAUAAUGUUCCAAUAAUUAGAAGUGUCAAACUAAAUGUUCUAAGUGUUUAUAUACCUUAGAAAUGCUGAGUUAGUAUUGAAAUUGACACAUAGGUAGGGCAUAUAAAGACUUGAUGAGGCAAACGAUGGAAGGUUCUCGAUUUCAAUACUUCCUUAGUUUAGUAUAUUUAAGUCGAUAUUAUAACGACACAUGAAUUUAAAAUGUAGUUGCUAAUGCAACCAUAGGUUUGUAUAAAGGGUAAUAUCGGGACGUCUAAUGACCAAAAUGGUUCAUAGUGUCACUAAAUCUCGUCUACAUUUUCUUAAAUGUGUAAAAAUUAAAGACAAAAUGUGUAUAUAAAUUAA